CUCCCGUCUUUCCUGCUGAUUGUGUCUCAACAGUGAACACGCACAUAUUCUCCAACUCACAAGCGCGUCGCAAACAUAUACUGAUCCAGAUGCAGGGACAAUAAGACGGUGAGAUAUUGCCGCUUGUAAUCUCGCCAGUCACGCUACCGAAAUAGUUUUGAAUCAACGCAACAGCUAAAACUAACUACACAUAACCUUACCCAGCAACCAAAUACAUAUUUCGACAUGCGUGAUACUAUCAAGCCGAAGCUUCUCAACGAGAACCCUGCCAAGGGCACCAACAAAUUUAAAUUCCAGUCGUUUUCGGAGCAGAUCGCAAAUGUGAAGAUCACUGUGGUGCACAGAGUGGGCAAAGACACUGAGUUGCCCUCCGAAAGGGAAAGUUUCUUCUUGGAAGAACUGGAUAAGUGGAAAGAGCUCAAUUGCACACUUCAUUUUAGUAAUGCGGUGGUGGAGCUACUUCCAUUGGUGGCGAGUUUUAACUUGCUGCUGUAUAAUCAGGAUAAAGUACUUAAUGUCCUUCUGAAACAUCUCCAAGUCGAAGAGUCAAUGGCCACGGAACCACUGCUGAUUUUACUUACAGCUCUGUCGCGUGAUCUCCGUCAAGAAUUCACAAAGCACUUCGAUGAUGUGCUGAAAACUCUUGUAAUCUUGUUGAAUGAUAACAAGGAUGCCAAGAGGAUACAGCAAACAUUCACCUGUCUCUCGUACAUGUUCAAGUACCUUUCCAAAUAUCUUGUAGUAGACCUGGAAAAGGUCUUUGUUGCAUACACACAACUGCUCGUGCCGAGCCAGCCACUAUACGUACGAAAUUAUGCGGCUGAGAGUUUUGGCUUCUUGCUCAGAAAGGUCACGGACAUGGAGAAGUUUGAGAAGGUCGUCAAGAGUAUGCUAUCCCAGGGAUACAUGUUAUCUAGUGACGAGUUUGCUCAGUCUAUAGGCAGAGUCCUCUUUGAAGUUGUGAAAGGCGUCGGCAACCACUUGCAUUCGCGCACUCCACAGAUCUACCGCAUCUACCUGGCUUUGCUGCAUACAUCGCUGGAUGCGCCUACGCACACCCGCACGAGUCUCAAACGAGACAAGGCUGAGCAUGUACGCAUACAACGACUGAGUAGGGGAGGCGAGAAAGCACAAGUGAUCACCGAAAAUACGGUUACUAUGGCGACAGACGAGGAAUGGCAAAGCGUGGAGGAGGAGAGUGUCGGAGGUGAAGAGCUGGAUACAAGCAGAGACAUGCGCGGCUGGACCUACACAGUCGUGGAGACUAUCAACAGUAGCAUGGCCAAGCACACGUGCAAGGAGCACUGUGCGGUGGUGUGGGAGGCACUGGCACACGCCCUCGAGGAGUGUCAGACACAGUGGGGUGUCUUGUACAAGCAGUUGCAGAACAAACAACAGCAGCAAGCAGAGGCGGUGUUGUUGUGGGAGGGGGCGUGGCAGUAUACGCUGGCCCUCUUUACGUUAUGGACAGCGCAAAACAAAGGCGGACGAAUUUUAAAGAUCGAGACCCUCUAUAGGACACUACAGCCUUACUAUGUCAAACAGGCCGGGGAUGCAGGCGUUUCCAUAGAUACGCUUCCGUUGGGUGUCUCGCGUGCCGCCGCCGCACUGCUUGUGGCUGUUCUGUCCGUGGACACAUCUGAGAACGCGCUUCUUAUGUCACCAUUGCUGAUCAAAGGAUUGUUCAUGCACAACAGUCAAACCGAUGUUUCACUGGUGCGCGACGUUAUGCUGGAGAUGCGCACGAUUCCAAUCUUCACGCAGCUGUGCAUGUCCCCCCUGGUAGAGUACUUUGAUUCGGCAUUGGUAUUUGCACAUAACGAGGGCGCGAGUACCUCUGCGCAUGGGCGCGAGUGCCUGCUACUCAUGCACACGCUGUUUGAUAGUUUGGACCUCUCGCGUGCAGCUUCUGUAGUGGUGUCUAAUAACAAUCGUGUGCGAUUCCCCGCACACAGUGCCAUGGUGGCUGGUGUGACGCCUGGUAAAAAGUCUUCCGUCAAGAAAAACAAAGCCAAAGCGCAGAAACUCGCAAGUGUUCCUGAACGACUGGUGGGACUUGUGGUAGACAUUCUAUCACGAAUGUGCACGGGUGAGAAUUUGUCGGAACGUGCGGUGAGUGAAUUGGCAUCCGCGUGUGUAGCGCUACGUUGUCUGGAUCGUAUAGAAGUGCCACAGUACAAAGAGGUCAUCAGCAUCUUGGAAGCUUAUAUCCCUAAGCUCGCAGAGGUUGCUGUCCAAAAACAUAACGAGACUGACUUGUGCGAGAGCAUGUGUCAGGUGAUGUCGAGUGUCAUGGACACUCUCACGCACUUCACACUUACAUACACAAAUGCAAAGCGGAUGCUUGAGCUGGAUGAUAUCUUCCGAGCCGUGCUGGUCGAUUUACCACAGUCUUGGCCCAUUUUGAAAUCGUAUUCGAUGUAUUGUGAAGCUUUGGUUGAACGCAACGACGAAGAUGAAGAAGGCACAGCCAUUGUUCUUGCUGAGGUCCAUGGUGUCACUGACUUGUACAGUGUGUACCAGGUAUUAAGGGCUAAUUUGUCUUCACCCAAAAGAGAACUGAGAAAGUGGACAGCUGCGGUGCUCGCGAGUCACCAACAACCAAGGCUGAAUGCGUCGAUAUCGGACGGCGGUAAGAACAAAUCAGCACCGCCGUUGUGCGAUGUGUUUUCCAACAUGGUUGCUGCAGAGGAUGUCUCUCUGACGCCAACUGACUUCCGAGACUUCAUUGCGGCGGCUAAUCGGUGCGCGGCGCUGUCCAAGUACAGGCGAUUACCCAAAGAGAUCGACGAUUGCGUGGCGAGAUACGCAUUCGGUGCUCUGCAUAUUCCCAUGAAGCCGAUCUGGGAAAACGCUUUCGAGAUGUUAAGGGAGGAGGCUCUGAGAGAUCACGCUACCUUCUGGGCCCUAUUUAUGCAACAGCUUAAUACAAGCGUGGAGCACGUCACCAUCACCCAAAACAAAAACAGCGCCGCGACAUUGCCACACAUGAAUACUCUUGAGCUCACAUCGGCUGAGGCAGACAUCAUGCGUAUAGUGCGUAGCGCCUACGCCACCACACUGGCCAUCCCAACGUUCAUGAAACUGGGCGCUGGUGGGAAAACCAAAGACAACAACAAGCGAACGGCCAAUACCAAGCCCAAGAACGCCAGCAAUAGGGACAGUGCACCGAGCGAGGAGGGUGAGCCUGUGGUGGACUACUUGCACUACCACACACUGCUGCUCAAAACCAUCUCCAACGCACCCAGUGAGGUCAUCGCCGUGGCAGAGCGUCACGCGCGCGAUGUAAUCUCUGUGUUUCUGCAGUUCAUCGACAACGAGUACCGAACUGUCUACGUCGGCACAGCGACCACUCAGAACCUUACGGUGGGCAGCAACGCACAGCUCGAGGUGGAAGAUCUGGAUGACGAAUCCGUGGCUUUGACUACGGGGCAAGUCGUUGAACAGGCAAAGAGCAUGAAGAAGAGAGUGCUCACGCGAUUAAUUGACUACCUGCGCUUACUCGCAGUGUUUGUCAAUCCCAACUCCCACUACGAACACGACCGCCUACAUUCGCUAUACGUGGAGUUUAUAGCAAAGACCGACGCUGUGGUGCAGAAACAUGCCUUGGAGUGUCUCCUGACAUACAAGCCCCCGUAUCUUAUGCCUCAGAAGGACGUUUUGCUGGAUUUGGUGGACGAUGAUAAGUUCAGGGAUAGCCUGACAAGUGUCGUGCUUAUGAGUGGAUCUGAUGACCUUGACAGUGCCAGUGGCGUGGGCAGAAACGGUGUGGGUAUGGCAGUAAGUCAGACUGUCAUCCCCGUAUCAAAAGAACACCGUCCCGCUUUCUUGAAUAUCCUCAUUCGGAUACUAUUCGCUCACAUGAUGCGAAGGAAAGGGUCAGGCACGAGCAAGAACUCGCUGCACGUACGCAGACAUGUAGUGCUCAAUUUUUUGGCAGGUUUGGAGGUCAGCGAGUUGAAGGUGUUUAUUGAUUUCAUGCAUUCCAGAUUCGGGGAGUCCUUUGUGAAAGGACGGGAAGGCACUCGAACGAUCGAAGACUUCGAUGCAACUAAGUGCGUUCCAUUGUCUGCACAAGAGGGUUAUCUGCACCUAGUCACUGAUGUCAUGAAACAAUUGCGAAGCAGAAUUAUACCUUAUUUGGGACUCAUGGAGUCUGUGAUGGUUCGCAUCGCUGGUAACGCGUCAAUCCUGCUGGAAGCGAACCGUGCUGACUCUAUGGACCUAGACGCAGAUGAUGACAGGGCGUCCUCCAGUGGUGUGUUUCAUCCGAGAUUCUCAUCCUCGCUCAAGACACUGAGGGGAAAUGCAGUGAAAGCUCUGGAAUCUGCCUUUGUCCUUUUCCCUACCGAACACGAGGAUAUCCACAGCAAGAUCUAUAACGAGCUUUUCACGUCCAUCAUCCUGCCGCGAGUGCCUCGCCUGGCCGCUGAGUCGCUGCAGCACUCAUCUGGACUGGUGGAUCUGUUUGCUGUGCUUUCAGAACAUCCAACACAGUAUUAUGUACUCACACAGCACGGAGACAUGGUGCUACCCAGCGUGUUCGCAUUGCUGAGCGCACCCUCUGUGUCAGCAAAUGUCAUCAAGCGAGUAUAUGAUAUUGUUGAGAAUCUUCUGGACCGAGAGCAGACAGAGAAUGAAUGUACAGAAGGCGGAGAUGUCAUGCAGUCUGAUGAUCAACCCACUGGAAAGGAAUUGGCUAUUCAAAGGACAGGCAUGUGUGCUAGGGACAUCAUCCGUACACACGUGGCCUGUCUACUAAAUCACAUGCACACAGCGCUUCUCUCUGAAAAGAAGAAGGUUUCACAGCUUGAAGCUCGCGCCAAUGGGAUGCUGAUUGUACGCAAGAAUAACUCUACCAAAAGUAAAGCGGAGCAAAAGGGCAGUGAGAGAGAGUUGAGUAUUCUGUCAUGCAUCAGCGUGUAUGCAGAGGACCAAGAGACAGCUUCCAGAUUGCUUGAGAUGCUGUGUCCUUACCUGCGCUUGUCCAGGAAGGAAGUCAACGACAAGGCUAAACUGCACACGCUCAACAUCAUCGCCCACUGUAUCCGGGUUGUAGAUACCAUCACUCCCAAGCAACUGGCGUACUUUUCUCGCCUGUUUGGUACGAUGCCCAACCCACGCCAUCGUCUUGCGCUAUCUGAGUGUUUCGCUGAAAUGGCAAACAAGACAACGAACGUGUGCACAGACUUGGCCCCUGUUGCUGACAUUCUUAAAAGGCUGAAUGCAAUGGACGACGAGCGAAUAGAUGAUCCGGAUUAUGAGAUCCGAAUAAACGCACACAGCGCAUUCAACGAACAGUUGGUCACUGAGACUUCCGUGCAAGGGCUGCUGCCUGUCGCUUAUCACUGUGUGCAGGUGAUCAACACUACCGAGGACACCUCACUCCGCUUCGUUGCGUCUCACGGACUUUGUCAGAUCGCUGAACGUGCUGCAAAGGACCUUGCUGCUGGUGAUGAGAGUACACAUAGAGCAUUGGUGGUGGGAGUGAUCGUCCCGGCUAUGAAGAAGUCAUUCAAAUUCGGCCGAGAGGGCUCUCGCUCAGAGUACUUGCUCAUCCUCAAGAAAUUAAUUGUGCUUUUCUCUGACAAGCAAUUCAAGGUGGAUGACAGCUACCUGGACUUGGCUGUCUUGUCAACGGCCAAUCCCAAUGAUGAAGAUGAUGCCGACUUCUUCACCAACAUCCGCCAUAUUCAGUUGCAUCGCAGAAUCAGGGCCCUCACGCGUCUGGUAGAUAUUGUCGACUCUGGUCAAAUAGCUACCGCCUCGCUCAUUAAUAUCCUCCUGCCUAUCGCAGCGCAUGUGAUUGUGGACAACACGAAGUCCAUGGAGCACCACUUUGUAAAUGCUGCCAUCGAUGUCAUAGGUUCAAUCGCUGGCAAACUUGGAUGGGGGCAUUACAUCUACACUCUGCGGACUUAUCUCAAACUAGCUGCUACGAAACCUGAACUCGAGAAAACUCUGUUAAAGGUUGUGACCAAGAUUGUAGAUAACUUUCAUUUCACAUCAGUUGAAGUGCCAUUGACACUUGCGGUUGCCGUGGAUGAAGAUGUUGAGGACAACGAUGGCGACGACCUCGUUGAUCUUUCUCCUGACAACACUGAUGAAACAGCUCUCUUAAAGCAACUAUCUGAAAGCGUUACUGCUGAUUCUCGCGCACAAACAAUGGAGGAACGUAUUGCAUCAACGGUUGAAAGUGUUGUACUUCCGGAUAUGAAUCGCUACUUGAUCAAAAAGGGCAAGGACGAUUUCGAUGAGCUAAGACCCGCAAUUGCGCUCGCGACAGUAGGUUUGCUAAAGACCAUGCCUAAGGCUAUUCUGGAAAAGCAUUUGCCGGGACUUAUCACGCGUGUGUGUUCUGUGUUGCGAUCGCGUGACGAUGCCGUGCGUGAUGAAACGAGAGAAGCGCUGAUUGAAAUUACAUGUUCGCUUGGUCCUACAUACCUGUCGUUUGUUCUGCGAGAACUGAUGGCACAGCUGAAGUCAGGAUACAAGCUGCACAUUCUGGGUUAUACUACGCAUGCGCUUGUUGAUCACUUUGUUCAGGCAUUCCCUGAAGUAGGCUCGGUGGACGAUUCUGUGCAAGUAAUCCUAGACAUCAUUGUGCCCGACAUAUUCGGACUAACGGGGCAAGAAAAAGAAGUCGUACAAAUUCUCACAAAGAUGAAGGAAGCCAAGGCCAAGCGCGGCCACGACACCUUCGAACUCGUAGCAAGGAAUGUCAGCUUCAAAUACGUCAACGCUAUGCUUCAACCCAUCCGAGGUAUCAUGGCCAAUACAGAAUCGCUUAAGACAAGGAGAAUGAUGGAGGAGGUCUUCAGGCGCAUAGUGAUCGGCUUGACAGCGAAUGCUUCUGCCACAGUGCCGGAAGUGUUGAUAUUUGUUCAUAACUUGCUUACUGAAAACGUUGGCCUAUCCAAAAUCGCCACGAAGGAGUCGGUGAAGAAGAGCAGACGUGAUGCAAAUAUGGUAAUCAACAGAGAGAGAGGCAAAGUGUCGGAUCGUAGCCACGAAUACUAUAUGCAGACGAAUGCCCAUCUUCUCAUAGAGCUCGGACUGCUGCUAUUACACGCCAACUUGAAACGUGGCUUCGUCGACACCCGCAAAGUUCCAGAACACCAGCGCAUGAUGGAUCCGAUCGUGGGUGUAUUGGGUGACGCACUAAGAUCAAAGUACGACAAGAUAGUGAUGUUGUCACUGAAAUGCUUGUCUUACUGCUUCCGAUUUGAGCUCCCCAUAUUGGAGACGAAUGUGCCUCACAUUGCGAAUCGUUGCUUCAAGGUUCUCAAUCGAGCGGGUGUGGGAGCUACCGGUGCUGAGCUGCAUCAAGCGUGCUUCAAAAUGCUAACGACGAUUGUUCGAGAUUACAAAUCUUACGAGAUUCCGGUCCCACAAUUGGAACAUCUAGUCAGUUUGUGUACAACUGAUCUGGAAGUAUACGAGAAACAAGCUAGCACAUACGCUAUGGUAAGGGCUAUCGUAGCACGAAAGACGCUCCUACCAGGACUCUACACGCUUGUCGAGAAAAUUGCGGAUAUCAUGGUUCGUGGAGAUAUUCCGUCGGUGCGUACCCACUGCACAGCGAUCUUCACAUCAUUUAUCCUGGACUAUCCCCUGGGCCCUAAGCUGCUUAAGAAAUGGGUUCUGUUCUGCAUCACCAACUUGUCCUACGAAUUUAAGCACGGUCGUGAGAGUGUACUCGAAGUCAUCCAUCAGAUGGUCGAAAGCUUUCCGGACGCCGCGCUGUCGGAGUACUCUCAAUUGUUUUUCCUUCCUCUGGUGAUGCGUUUGAUCAACGAUGACUCGUCCGAGUGUAAAGAAAUGGCGUCUACGAUCAUCAAGAGACUAGUUCAGAGAGCUACGCCAGCGGAACGAGAUAUUCUAUAUAAAAAAUUUGUACUUGUCUGGCUGAAUGGGUACCAGAGCGAUGCUCAAGCCGUGCUCGUGCGUUGUGGUUUGCAAGUAGCCGGUAUAUUCGCUGAUGCCAUGGGUAGUGAUUUUACACGGUACGCGGGCACCGCUUUGUCUGUGCUGAAGGUUAUUAUCAGCGAUGCUACAACCGAAAGUGAGAGUGCUGUUGAAAGCAUGCUUGGGGAGAGAGACUGGUUUGAUACAAGUGACGAUACGAAGCAAGAACGCUUCGAAGUGAACGAUGUAUCCGCGUGGCCAGUGCUGUAUUAUGCAUUGACCACAUUGCAGAAGAUUAUUUCAGCUAUUCCUGCUUUACUCAGUGAGAGCCCUGGUGUGGAGGCGCAAAGACAAUCUCGAAAAGUCAGUGGCAAGAAGAAGAAAGGGAGCGGUGUAGAAACCGCCAUUGAUAUUCACAGUGAAGUAGAGGCUAUGUGGACUGACAUAUAUGUGCACAUGAUUCAUCCGCACUUGUGGGUGCGCUUAGUAUCGUCGAGGUUAGUGGGAGCGUAUGUUGCAGCACCCAGAAAUGACCCUAGUAUCGUUGCGAACCGUCUCUCGUGUACCAUCAGCACAUCAAGUCCUGCUCUGUUGGAUACUGAACAGUCCGUGUGGAAUAUCGCUCGCACGAGCUGUAAGCAGUUAGAAUCGAAGCAUCUUACUAGCGUUAUGGGCACGCAAGUGGUGAAAAACCUCUUCUAUGUCACACGUGUGUUACUUUGUUUGCAAGAGGAGUCUGGUGCGAAUGGGAGCAAGAGUUCGGCUACAAGCCGAAAUAUUAGAAAUGUUUCAAACGGAGUAGCGAACGAAGAAGAGGACAGUGCAGGUACCACGACUAUAGAGAGGCUGAUUUGGAUAUGCAAACGUCUGGCGUACGUUGCACGUAAUACGGUUGUGCAUAAUGAAGAGCUCUCCGCCUUAAGACGCAAAUGUGUUUUUGAGUACUUUGCCGCGCUAGCGAGUGUUGCCUCCGUGAAUACGUUGAAGCAAUUGUUGACUACGAUAGUUUUGCCGAUCGUGUCUGUAUCAGAAGACCGGCGGGAAAGCGAAACUGUACGCGCACUCGCACAGGAGUUGUCAGAAAUGAUUAGUAAGAAGGUGGGUGCCACUGAUUAUCUUGCCGCGCAUAGUACCGUAAGUCGUCACCAGAACAACUUACGCCAGGAUAGAAGGAAGCGGCGAGCGUUGGAAACAGUCAUCAAUCCUGCGAAACGACAGGAGAAGCGCGAAAGGACUAAUGAACGAAGGAAAGAGAACAAUAAGCGGAGUGUCGAUCAGCACAGACCCAGUAAGGGGCGAUCGAAUAAGCGACAGAAAAGAUAGAUAUAAACAAGCGUGACUUUGUAAGGCACUGAUCUAAUGAGCAAGUUGGAUUAGAC